AUGUAUCGCGAUAUCUCGAAUAUCGUAGCGACUGAAACAUGUGGCGGCUUGGUGCAGCACAUUCAGUCGCCUGGAUACAUCAAGACUGGGAGAUUCAGCUGGGUUCCAGGUGAGUCUCUCAAAAAAAAACAAAUUAGUUUGCAGAUGAGUGUAUAUUCGAACAUAAGGUUGACGGAAACUCAGAGACUGCGCUUACCUGAUGAGCCCCAAGAAGAGCGAAAUCGGCCGUGGGCUGUCGAAGCAUUUUCAGCAACCUUAGAAAAAAAUCGUUCAGCUGUAGCACCCUUUCGGUGCCUAACUGCCAUGUCAUCCAGAGGAAGCACCAGGACUGGGAUAGUGCCAGGUUGCCCAAGCCUAGACAUGGAAAUUCGAGAAGCAGAGGUCGGGUCAGUAAAUUUGCGCUCUAACCACUUGAGCAAUCUUGCCCCCAACCAACACAGAGAAGCCCUACGUCACAACCGUCUGAUGAAACUGUAG